AUGGCCAGGACAAGAGAUAAAAGGGAAGAUAAGCGCUUCAAGCCUCCAACUGGAAGGUUCACAAGCUUCAUUCCUCUGAACACCCCGAUUAAUCAAGUCCUGAUGCAGAUCAAGGACGAAGGGAUCCUGACAUUCCUUGGCAAGUUGAAGGGAGACCCCAACAAGAGGUCUAGAGACAAGUACUGUCAUUUCCACCAUAAUCACGGCCACGACACGUCCGAAUGCUAUGACUUGAAACAGCAGAUAGAAGCUCUCAUCAGGCAAGGGAAGUUGCAGAGGUUCAUCAGUAAGGAAAGGACAAAACAGCCCCAAGGACAGCCCGCCCGGAGAGAAAACAAGCGUCCUAGGCCACCCUUGGAAGACAUAAGGAUGAUCAUAAGGGGCAGCAUGGCUUCCAGUUCUUCCAAGAAGGCACGCAAGACCUACCUACAGAUGGUUCAGAAUGUCCAACUAAUGGGGUACGUCCUAAAAAUGGCACAAAUUGACAACCCCGUAAUUGGGUUCACGAAGGAAGAUGCUCGAUGUCUCCAUCACCCAUACGACGACGCACUUGUAGUCAGCAUAUGUGUAAGGGAUUAUAACACCCACCGAGUCCUUGUGGACAAUGGGAGCUUUGCCGAUAUCCUAUACUAUCCGGCAUUCCAACAGAAGAGGAUAAGGAGAGAACGGUUAAUUCCAACCAUCGCACCACUCGUAGAGUUUGGAGGAAGAAGGGUGCAUCCCUUAGGAGUGGUCACCCUGUCGAUAACGGUUGGAGAUUACCCUCAACAGAUCACCAAGGAUGUCACAUUCCUAGUUGUCAAUUGUUCAUCUACAUACAACGCCAUAUUGGGUCGUUCUACUUUGAAUUCAUGGAAGGCUGUGACCUUAACCUACCAUUUGAUGAUUAAGUUUCCCACCGAGUACGGAGUGGGAGAAGUAAGAGGGGAUCAAAUGGUAGCACGCGAAUGCUACGUUGCCAUGCUGGAGAUGAAUGAUCAUUUACAGACUAUAUGUAUAGAAGAACAACAGACGGUAGUAGAACCGGUGGAAGGGUUGGAAGAAGUACUCCUUGAUGAUUCUAGGCCUAAAUGA